UAAGAACUACAUUUCCCAAGAUUCAAACCAGCUCCUGACGUCACAUCGCACCCAUGAUGCGGAAGCGGAUGUUAGUUAUUUCUUCGCCCCAAAGCCAUUUUCGACUUCAAACUUGCGUUUUGUGACCAACUGCUUACUGAUUCGUGUUCCUAGCAGAGAAAAUCAUGAAUUUGGAGCGCGUUUCCAACGAGGAGAAGCUGAAUCUUUGCCGGAAAUAUUAUUUGGGUGGCUUUGCCUUCCUCCCUUUCCUCUGGCUGGUGAACGUUGUGUGGUUUUUUAAAGAGGCCUUUGUAAAACCCGCCUACACAGAACAACCACAGAUCAAAAUCUAUGUGAAACGGUCAGCGCUGGGGUUAUUGCUGUGGGUGGCUGUGCUCACGACGUGGAUCACCAUUUUCCAGCAUUUCCGAGCACAGUGGGGCGAGGUAGCUGAUUACCUCUCCUUCACCAUUCCUCUCGGCACGCCAUAAAGAGACACUGCGCGUUAUUUCCUUCCAGAGGGCUUCUGGAUUUUUUUUUUUUUAAACAUUGUGAUGAACAUAUGUCAUUGUAUUAUUUUUGACUUGUCGUGAAAGUGUAAGAAUGAAAGUGAGUCUGAGCAAGGUGAUGAGAAAUGAGUGACAAACACCAGUUGUACACUCUUCUCAUUUACAUAGAUGAUCAUAAUCUUCUAAUCUUCUAAUCCUAACAACAGGACUGACAUACCAGACUCUCUAAUAUCCACAAACGAAGCGUCUCUGAUGUGUAACUCUUUACUGGCGCCUAUUAUGAAACCCAAUCUCAUGUUCGGGCAAAUUCUAAGCCCCCUUGCUGCCGGGGUCUCACUGGGUGCUGUUUUUAGUAGCUUGUAGUCAGAGCGUCGAUGGCAGAUAAAAUAUGUUUCCCAGCAUCAUGACUCGGCAUCCUUACGGAUAAAAAAAGAUUGAUGAGUUCUGCAGUUAGGCAUCCGAACGAUGUUUUCCAAAAUAUGACUGGCAAAUAAUCAUUACGUGACAGCUCACGGUGUUCCUGUUCGUGAACAGAGUCAGGACAGAUUAUAUUUGGGAUACUCUUAAUGUUGAAAGUAUGAUGUGAUAAUGUCAAUGUAUUUACUUUCGUUCCUUUCUCAGAAUUCUGGCCAAACCUGAUUCGAAUCCUUGAAAUCUGUUUGAUUUAAAGUUUUGUUUACUGGCCAUGGCUGUGAAAGCCGUUGUUAUUCAUUAAAAUGAUCAUCUUGUGUCGCUAUAAAAACAAUAUAGCUGAGUUUCCGAUCACACAGCUGUGAUGUUAUGAGACUGGAAUAAAUUCUUGUUCUAACCAA